AUGAAGCAGAACUUCGAGUUUGUGGCGAAGAAGUCAAGUACUGAAGUUUGGUAUAUCACUUGCAAGGAUCCUGAUUUCGCGCUGGAUGCAAAUAACCAUCUAUAUCCAGUUGCAUUUGGUAUUGUGGAUGGUGAGAAUCAUGAUUCUUGGAAGUAUUUCAUGUCAAAGCUAAAGGAAGCGAUUGGGGAAGUUGAGGACCUAGCGUUUGUAUCUGACAGGUAUAAUAUAAUGACAAGCAAUUACGCUGAAAGUUUCAACAAUAAGACUUGGGACGCUAGGAGCUUUCCGAUAACUACAUUCAUCGAAUUUAUUCGCUUCACACUGCAGUCCUGGUUCUGUGAUAGGAGAGAAACUAGCGAGAAGACAACUACAACUCUUGCACUGACCUAUGAGAAAAUUUUGGUGGAUAUGGCUGAGAAAGCUCGAUUCUUGAUCCCUUAUGCAAUGGGGAGGCAUGAGUUCCAUGUGUUAGAUGGUGAGCUGAAUGGUGAAGUCGACCUCCUAAAUAAGACAUGCACAUGUGGCGUGUUUCAGAUUAUUGGUAUCCCAUGUGCUCAUGCACUAUCUGGAUCCCUUAAGCGAGGGGUGAACUUUUAUUCGUUGUGUUCAGAUUACUAUAAAAUUGAGACAUUUAGGUCCUCUUACACAGAAUCUAUAUAUCCUACUGGUAACGAGGAAGAGUGGAUUGUUCCACAUGACACUAUGACAAUAAAAGUGAGAACACCUGCGCAAAAAAUCUCGGUUGGUCGUCCAAAGAAGAAACAAGGUAGGCCUAAGAAGAAACGCCAUCCUUCUAAUGGAGAUAAAUUGGUUGUACAACGCAAGUGCAGCACUUGUGGAGGUCUAGGCCAUAAUAGGGCAACUUGUAAAGUUCGUGUUUUAAAUUUAUGGCAUCAAUGUUAA